AGGCGAAGGGAGGACACGUGGCAUAUUACGUACGGCAUAAAAGAAAUAAAUGGCCUUCGCAAGCACGAACCACCGGACAGUCCCGAUCCCCAAGCAAAGCUCGUCGUACCUGUCCGGCGGUUUGUCAAGGUGGUUGGAUUCCGGCGUCAACCGAGCUAACUUCCUGACGAACCAUGAGCGACGACGAACAGGAAACCGCCGCCCGUAGCGACACCACCGAGCCCACUGCAACCAGGCGAUGCUUUACUUCGCGGUGCCUUCGACGUGCCGCAAUCGUGGUGUUGGUGGCGGCGGCGGCAUUGGGGAUCUUGUACGUCAAAUACGUUCCGUCCACAGCCACGGAGCCGCUCAGCUACUGGUAUCACUGGCGCGAGCGUCCUCCCAGCGUGGGUUUCACGUAUCCCCGGAUCUUCCUCUGGACCGGGGGUGACAGGCCUCCGACCACGAAAGAUCAACUUCUGCGCGAGUGUCUCUUGACCAAUCCUCAGCGGAAGCAGUGCUACGUCACGAAGGACCCCGUUUACCACGUCGUCAGCGACGCCAUCGUUAUCGAAGCAUCUCGCAUGGACCCUUACAACCUACCGAGGCGCCGGCACCCGGAGCAGGUGUGGGUCUACUCUACUGUAGAGGGAGAACCUGCGACGCCGCCUUCGUGGCCUUUCCGGUUAGUUUCUGGUGUGUUCAACUGGACGAUGUCGCGCAGAGACGAUGCGGAUGUUGUCGUUCCCUACAUGAAGUGGCACUAUCGCCUUAAAGAUAUUGUAAUGCCUCGCGAACCCCUUCUCGAGGCCAUCGAUGCGAAAACCAAAAGUGUCGCUUGGUUUGUGAACAAGUGCGAGGAGCCGCUGCGCAAUAACACUGAAAGGCUCCAAUACUAUCCUCUACCCCUUAGCUCGGAAAAUUUCAUGAUACACGUAAAUCACACAUUCGAUGUUUUCAUGUUUUCCGAUUGUGGUCGCCCGCUCUGCAAUUCCCUUGACCAAUGUAUGCAGAUGGUGGCUGAGGACUUCUACUUCGUAUUCGUGCUCGAAACCUCCCCCUGUUUUCAUCACCCCACGGAGAUGAUAUACGCCGCCUUCCACUACAACAUCGUUCCCAUCUACUUCGGCAAGACCAGCCUCGGCGACAGCGUACCACCGGGUUCCGUCUACGACACGUCAGGGGAACAGACUGCAUUUGAUAUCGUCGACAAGCUCAACAUUAUGCGUGACAACGUGGACGCGUAUCUGCCGUACUUGACGUGGAAAGAGACAUACGAGGAGACGUGGGAAAGUCCGUUGUGCGCGCUUUGCGACGUUUUGUACGCAAGUGCCGCGAAUGCCUCUGCCACUACCGACGUUUUGGCAUGGUGGCGACGUCGCCCCGAGUGCGAUUACGUCAUUCCAAGCCCGGGCGCCCCCAUAACUGAGACGAAGAUUACCCGAUACGGGAUGUCCGUUGUUCCCGAUGAGCUUGCUGACAUCCCUGGCCGCAUCCGCAGGCCUCCGAAAGUACGCCACACAACUACAACUCAAAAACCUGAAAUUCCCAACAAGAACGCAGGGGAGUACUCGGGACACAGCCACGACGACAUACUGUAAGGAUGCAGGCUGUAUUGCUGGUUUUUUUUAUUGCUUUCGGCCUUGACUUAUUUAGACCACUUUCACCACAAUUCUCACCCACUAUGCGAAUAAAAUUUAUUCCGUACCUA